AUGUCUGUCGCUACGCCUUGUGAUAAAAUCUCUUCGACUAUUACACAUGGAAUUGGACCAGAAUUCAUCUAUCCGUUCCUUGUCCUUUUCUUUGCUACUAUUCUUCGAAAAAUCUUCAGGCACUAUAACCUGUCUCUUCCAUAUACAGUUGUCUUAAUGCUCGUUGGUGCUGUUCUUGGUGCUUUUUACCAGUACGAACUUAUCAAACGACUCACCUUCAUUGCUGAUUUAACACCUGUUCAAAUUCUUGCUAUCUUUUUACCAAUUCUGAUCUUUGAAAACUUUUACGUAGGUUUCUUAAUUUCUGUGGCAUUGACGACUUUAGCUGUGAUGUAUUGGUAUGAGAACGAACAUCAAAUCGAUGUCCAAACAUGCUGGACAUGGGAUCAAGCUGUUUUGUACUCCGCAGUAGUGUCAGCAACUGAUCCCGUAUCCGUCGUUAGUCUGUUAAAAUCAAUGACAUCGUUGAAAACAUUAUCAACUGUAAUUGAAGGAGAAUCUUUGUUAAACGAUGCUGCGGCGAUUACGAUUUAUACCUUAAUCAAAGAUUUGAUUCACGAAGCUGUGAAAUCUGACAAAUACGUUCUGCAACAAACACGUGCAACUCUACUUGGUGUUAAUUCUGAAAAAUGUGCACAUGCAGUCAGAUUCCUAAUAAAACGGAAGAUUACUCCCAUCUAUCUACUAAAAUUCGUACUGAAAACCAUUGCUGCAGCGAUCUUAAUUGGCUACAUCAUGGCACAUAUAACUAUAUGCAUUCUCUAUCGCAUUGAUGCUGGUGAAUUAGAAACAUGUAUUACGAUCAUCAUGUCGUAUUUUGUUUAUCUAACAUGUGAAGCCAUAGAAGCGUCAGGUGUCAUCGGUGUUGUGCUACUCGGUUUAACACUAAACAUGAAUCGUGCUUGUUUUAGUGUUUCGGCCGUAACGAUAUCAGAGCAAACAUGGCAAUUACUUGCUUAUGUAGCAAACUCAUUGAUUUUCAUUACUGUUGGUGUCAUUUUACUGAAAACACACAGCGGAAGUGAUAAGAUGUUAUCAUUGUUAAGUUCCUUGCCACAACUACUAUUGAUUUACAUCAUACUGAUAUCAGUCCGCGCAAUUAUGAUUUUAUGCACUCAUUUUCUAUUGAAACAAAUCGCCUAUGGGUUUACAUGGAAGGAUUCUAUUGUCACAAUUUGGUCUGGCCUACGUGGCGGUGUAAGUUUGGUUCUCGCAUUAACACUUUUCAAUAGUCGAAUCAAGGAAAACUACCAAGCAGAAAUCAUGCUGAUACAUACAACAGCCGUCGUCUUCCUAACUUGUACAGUCAAUGCACUGACGAUACCGAAGAUUGUACAUAUUCUACGAUUGGAUCGAACAUCUGAAUUGAUUAAACAGACAAUGAUGCAGAUAAUAAAAGAAUUGAAAAUGAAACAGAAUGACAUGAUUCGAUCGCUGAAAAAGAAUCCGAUUUUAGCAACAGCGGACUGGAUGUUUGUACAGAAGGCAAUUGAUAUUCGAUCACCAUUUGACGAAAAUAAAGAGGACAGGAUCAAAGAAAAUUUACCAUCAAAACACCACAUUGAUACAGUCGAAUGUGAUCAUUGCCAAGCAUACGUCACAAUUCCAAUAUCAAAAUCAGAAUUUCGACAAACAUUCGAAGACUGUCGAAUCCGAAUUUUAAGAUUGCAAAAAACACACUUCUGGUCGAAUUAUUACAAUGGACAGUUGUCAUCUUAUGGACUUCACACAUUAAAUGCUCUAUGUGAUCGAGCGAUUGAUACACCAAAAGCGUUUAUAGAUCUCAAAACUAUCAAAGCGCACAUUGUCGGUAAAAGUCGAAUACGCUCGAUAUUGAAUUUUAUACGAACAAGCACACGACAAUGGCAAAAGUCCUUAUCUUGGCAUGAUUAUUUCCAAAAUCAAUCUCCGACAACUCGACGUUGUUUCACGAAAUUGUUUCAUUGCUUAUUUCUUACAAUUCUUAUCAUUUUGAUCGAAUGUACAAUCCUUACCUACCAAAUUCAUACAAAUCCUUGCAACAGAUCAUUCGAAAGCAUGUUAUCACCGUUGUACAUCACAUUAGAGAUCGUUUCCAGUUUACUUGUGUUCUUUGAUUCUAUUCAAUUCUAUUUUUGGUUUUCUUACCAUCAAAAACGCAAAUUAUUUGUUUCCAAUCUAAUUUGGAUGAUCCUAUAUAUGUUUAGUGUUGCCUGUCGUUGUAUCAGCUGUAUUAUUCAUUUCAUUAUGAUUAGAAUACGAUCAACUAGUCAAUUAUGUUUGAGUUUUUAUAUUUUUAAAAGUUUAAGUUUAAUCGAAUGUUUUAUUCUAUGUUUCUUUCUUAUUGAACCACUUCAAUUACUAGUCGAUUAUAUUCUCAAUCAAUAUAUCAGUGUUAGUUAUGAUAUUGGCUUAGCGUACAUAUCAUCCGAGGAACAAGUGCUACGAAUUAUACAUCGAUUGACAGAUAAUGGUAAGAAAACUCUUUCUUGGACGUUCGCACUGCAUCUGAAGUUUUCAGAAAGUAUCCGAAUCCGUAUCCAUGAAUUAUCGCUUCAACAUAUUAAAAGUGUCUUAAACGAUGUUCUUCUUAUGCAGGAAGCUCAUCCUGGAACGGUAAUAAGCAUCAAAACACACCAUACGAUCAAUUUGUUAUACAAUACUGCUAAGCGAGGUAUUAGUCAAAUACGCAUCCGAGGAGUUCUUGAUACUGAUGAUUGUGAUCUGCUUGAACAAUCACUGAAAAACAUGCGUAUUCAAUUACACAUCCCAUCGACAAUGCCAUCUGUUUCGCCGAUGGUUGUCAUUCAAAAAUUCUCUUGGCUUUACUCUAAUCAACGCUUAACCGAUGAUCAAAAACAUGACAUUGAACAAUUACUGAUUCAUGCGCUUCCCAAUGAAAAUACAGCACGUUUUGAGAAUGAAACUCUCUUACAUCCGCAAAGUUUCUCUUGGCAAGAUUUUCUAUGGCAUAAAAAUGACCAACUCAAUGGAGUUUAUUUAUUAGUCAAUGGAAUUGUCGAGGAAUGGAAACUUGAUCCGUAUGAUAUCGAUGCAGCUCAUAGUGAAGUCCGAUGGAAAGAAAAUCAUCGGACACGGAGAACUACUCUCCCAACACAACAGAUCCUAAAACCCUACGGUCUCAUCAGAUCCAAAAGCAAAUACAUCGGUUCAACAUCAACACGAAAUAUGAAUAGUAUUGUUUCCGAUUUACGUCCUCAAGAGCGAUCCGUAUCGUCUAUCGAUGGCGUAGAUUCUACGAAAACUUACGAGAAAAAUUCUACCGAUGGAAUCACAUCAUCGAGUGAACCAAUUCGUUCUUCGCCAAUCGAACAUGUUCGCAUUUCAUUCGAAGACGGAUUCUAUAUUCGAUGGUAUCAUCGUAUGAUAAAUCCCAUUGAUGACAAGUUCACCGGCAAACUGAUUCCCACGGACGAUGGUAUUCAUCAAUAUUAUCAUCCGAAUCAAAAUGAUGAGAACUUCGAUGAAUACUUUGACGAAACAUUUGAAAAAUACCGGCAAAUGCAUCCAGCGACAAGUGAACGAGUCCAUCGCCGUUAUUCAUCUCGUUCGGGUCAUUGCAUUGGUCUCUACGAUCUAUUGUUCAACAAUGGUGAAAAACACGAAUCAACAGCAAAAUGUGUCACGAAUGUUACUGCAUUCUUUCUUUCAAAACAAAAACUACUUCAGAUUUUUAACACAUAUGCAUUGUGGGAUAUCAUUUGGCUAGAAACAAGUAUUCAUUUGGCUCUGCGUAUUCUACCGAAUAUUUCAUCAUUUCAACACUCAUCUACAAGAAAAUCUGAUAAACAUCUUACGAUGAUUAAUAAACGAUUAUUACAUUCUGGUUUACUUAUUUACACUGAGGGAACGUGUACAACGAAUGAUAUCAUUCAAUUGCAUGAAGAUCUUCUGCUUGUCACUGGCUCUGUACGAAAUCAGUUAACUAAAUGUGUCUAUGAAGCUCCUGUCUUCAUCAAAAGUUCGUUGACAAAACAAGGUUUGAAAUUACUCGAAGGAUCGUCAUCGACAAAAAUUCUUGUUCUACCACGAACGUCAGCCACUAUUAAUCUUUUCACAGAUUUUGUCUUGAUACAAAGCAUCCUCAACAAUGAAAACAAAUAUCAAUCUCAAAAGUACGGUCAAGAUAAAUCAACAAAUUGA